UGUGAUUGUUCAAAAACUGAAACUAAACACAGUGUCAGAAGAUCAGCAUUGCAGUCUUGCAGCUCAGCUACGAACAGAACGAUAGAAGACAAUGGCUGAGAAUCUGCGUCAGAGGAGGAAUAAUGCAGAAGCUCCACUGGAGAACAAUGACAACAUUAAUAUCGUCCUUCUGGGGAAAACUGGAGUUGGGAAAAGUUCUGCAGCAAACACCAUCCUGGGAGAGAACAGAUUCAGAUGUGGACGAAGUCUGUCUGCUGUUACAGCUAUAUCUAGUGUUGAGAGAUCAGUGAUUAAUGGCAGAUCUGUGUCUGUCAUCGACACUCCUGGGUUUUUUUGUACUAAUCUUUCAAAAGAGAAGCUCUCAGAGGAGUUUGCAAGAAGUGUGUAUCUGUCUGCUCCAGGAGUUCAUGCGUUUUUAUUCGUUGUGCCGUUCGGUAGAUUCACAAAACAGGAGGAAGAGAUUCUGAAACAAGUGCAGCAGGUUUAUGGUAAAGAUGUGCUGAAGCAUGUUAUUAUUCUCUUCACGUACGGGGAUGAAUGUGACCGAGAGAAUAUGCAGGCAGAGAUAGAGGGUAAUGAAGUUAUCAAAAGAGUCGUAGAGAAAUGUCAGAAUUAUCAUGUGCUCAACAACAGAGAUCUGACUGACAGACAGCAGGUCGAUGAUCUACUGCUGAAGAUUGACACGAUGAUAGAGUGGAAUCAAGGAUUCUACACCAAUGAGAUGUAUAAAUUGGCACAAAUGUGGCCAUGGGAAAAAUUCUGGAAAUUUGUUCAGGAUGUUUGUGAUGCUAUAGUUGCAUUUUUCCUGAACCUGCGUAACAGGUUUGAUAAUAGCUCGAUACAAAGACUGACACAAUAUACAAAGUUAUGUACAUAGUUUGUACAUAAUCAGAAAAAUCAGAAUUCAUUCUUUGCUUUUGAUUUAUUGAACCUGAUUAAGAAAAACCCAAAUGUGGGACAGCCUGCUCUGUUUAUGAGGGAAAAUUAUGUACCGGAACAAAAUGAGAAUGCAUUAAUUAAUGCAGAGCUGUCCAAAAAUUCUCAAAGUGUUUUGAAAGAUUCAGUAUAUUUUAGCUACAGUGUACUUCCACACAUUUUAAACAAUUGUUGUUAAAUGUUAAAACAGAUCAUAUUUGGUCCUCAAACAGUAUGGGAUACUUUAUAUGUAUAUGUUAAUCAUUUAUUAAGAAGAGUUUUGUGUAAAUAUAUACUUUCUAAUGCAAAAUGUCUUACAACAAACAUUUUAUGCCUUAAUGCAUAUUCAACAAGCACCUAUUUAUCCACAGUAUAUCUAAUUUACCUAUUCAAAAUGAUAGAAUAUUACUUUACUGUAAGAAAAAAUUCUGAAAUAUGAAAUAACUUUGUCAGAAGGUUACAGAACAUCCUCUGCUCUGCUGCUCUGGGUUAUUGCUUGAGCUUAUUGUUUUUAUGCUUAGUGGUUUUCAAGUUGAAUAUAUUUCCUUAUAUCAAACACUCUGAAUAAUAUGUCAGAUAUGUUUAAUGCAGAUUGUACUGAUAUGUUUAUGGAAUGCAUGACACAUAUUCAAACCUGACAGAUACAGACAAACGUACAGUAUAACAUCUGCAAUAAACUCCGACAAGA